AUGCUCAUCAGGGAGUUUUCAACAUCUAAAUUCACAUCACAUCUCGCAGGCUCCAUGAUACGGCUUAUCACCAUCUUCACGCUUCUUCCUAUAUACUGGGCAUCAACAGCCCACGCUGGCCUCCCCGGUACUUCCUAUCCUUCUCCUCGAGAUAUCAGCGGCAACUCCAGCUCGGUGGCUGCUACAUGGAAAAAUGUCACAGAUACUUUGGAGCAGACUUUGGCUGGUGAGGGACUGGGUUCAAUCAGUUCAUCUCUAUUGAACAACACCACCUUCUCCAUGGGCUUGUUUUCAUUGUAUGACAAGAACGCCUCCUCGUUGCAAUAUCACCACAUAUCGCCCUCCAACCUCAAUGGGACCUAG